AGGCAGCGAGCGAGAGCCGAGCAGCGAGUAGCAGCAGGUUUCUGGCAUAAUCUAGGAGUCUUCAAAUAGCAUCCAACAUGGAAUCUGACCGUUUAAGAUCAUGGACGAUUCAUCUUGUCCUUGUACUGAGCACAUGUGUUACAUGUUUGAAAGAAGUCACAGCACUGAGUGAUUCAACUACAGAUCCAUUUCAGUUUUGCCACCCAGUGAAACAAGGGAUGCUUAAUGUUCACCUGGUACCACAUUCUCAUGAUGAUGUUGGAUGGCUCAAAACAGUGGACCAAUACUAUUAUGGAAGCAAGCAAGAAAUACAAAAAGCUGGAGUACAGUACAUAUUGGAUUCAGUUACUGAUGAACUUUUGAUCAAUCCUGAUAGAAGAUUUGUUCAAGUGGAGACAUACUACUUGUGGCGAUGGUUCAGAGAACAGAAAGCAAGGAAACAACAACAAGUGAAAGAACUUGUUAGAUCUGGGAGACUGGCAAUAGCUAAUGGAGGAAUCACAAGCAGUGAUGAAGCCACUACUUACUAUCAGUGCCUUAUAGAUCAACUGACAUGGGGAUUCAGGAGGAUUCAUGACAUGUUUGGUGCUGAACCCUUACCACUUGCUGCAUGGAAGAUUGAUUCAUUUGGACAUUCCCGUGAGAUGGGUUCCAUCUUGGCACAAAUGGGAUUCAAUGGAGUAUUUUUUGCUCGUAUUGAUUAUCAAGACAAAUACAACCGCUUACAAGACAAAACUGCAGAACUGGUUUGGCAAACCAGUGCCAGUCUAGGAACUUCUUCACACCUAUUCACAAGCAUCUUCAAUAACCACUACAGUGCUCCAUCAGGAUUCUGCUUUGAUAUUCUGUGUAAUGAUGAGCCAGUCAAUGAUGACCCUGACAGUAGAGGCUACAAUGUUGAUGAAAAAGUUAACAACUUCAUAAAUUUUGCUAGAAAUGUAGCAAAAUAUUAUGUCACCAAUAACAUUAUUGUUCCAAUGGGGGACGACUUUCACUACCAAGAUGCACAUGUGAAUUUUAAAAAUAUGGACAAACUUAUAUGGUAUGUCAAUGAAAGACAACAGCAGAAAGGAAGCACGAUCAAUGUACUCUACUCGACACCAUCGUGUUAUCUGAAAGCAGUAAAUGAAGCUAAUGUUACUUGGCCAUUAAAAUAUGAUGAUUUCUUUCCUUACGGUUCAGAUUAUCACUCUUACUGGACUGGUUUCUACACUUCACGACCGAACCUCAAAUAUUUUGAGAGAUUAGGAAACAACUAUCUGCAGGUAUGUAAGCAACUCUUUGUAUUGGCUGCACUGAACACCAAAGAUCUGAAAUAUUUAGAUGCACUAAGAGAUGCUUUAGGCAUAAUGCAGCAUCAUGAUGCGAUCACAGGCACUGAGAAGCAACACGUUGCUGAUGAUUAUGCACUCAUUUUACAUAAAGCUGUUACAGGAUGUGAAAAAAUAACAAACAAUGCUCUCAGGGAAUUAAUGCACAAAAAGAAGGAUGAGAGCAGCCACCAACCAGAGAUUUUUCAGUCAUGUCUUCUCCUGAAUAUCAGUGACUGUGCCAUCUCUGAGAAAUCACAAGUUUUUACUGUGACUGUUUAUAAUCCACUUAGCUAUGUCACAUCCCACUACGUCAGACUCCCAGUGACAGGUGUAUCUUACUCUGUCAGAGAUCCUGCAGGUACGCAACUGCCAGUUCAGCUUGUACCAAUUCCAUCACCACUUUUCAGUUUACCAGGACGAAAGAGUAAAGCUACAGUGGAGAUGGUUUUCAAAGCUGAAGAUGUUCCUCCUCUAGGAUACAAAUCAUACUACGUUGAAGAGUUGCCUCACAGAGUGCGUGGGAAAUCAGAUCUAGCAGAUGAUGGAAUGGAUUCCACAAUUGGAAACAAGUCUCCAACAGUACUUUUUCCUAUCCGUAACACCAAAGCAGUAGUUUUGGCUGCUACUCCAGAAUCAGUAACAUAUACAGGAGAAAUUGUAGAUGAAGUUCAUCAGAUCUUCACAGAUUGGAUAAGCCAAGUUGUUAGGGUUUAUAAAGAUGAUAACCAUUUUGAAUUAGAGUGGUUAGCUGGACCAAUUCCCGUCAAUGGUGGAAGUGGGAAGGAAGUUAUAAGCAGGUUCUCUACUAAUUUUGAAAACAACGGGACAUUCUACACAGACAGCAAUGGCAGGGAGAUGAUAAAACGAAUAAGAAACUAUCGUCCAACUUGGGAUGUGAAAGUAAAGGAACCUAUUUCUGCAAAUUAUUACCCUGUCACAACAAAAAUUGUAAUCAAUGACAACAAAACAAAACAACAUCUAGCAGUUUUCACAGACAGAUCUCAAGGUGGAACCAGUCACAGAGAUGGAGAAUUAGAGUUAAUGAUUCAUCGUCGUACAUUACAUGAUGAUGGCCUUGGAGUGGGUGAAGCCUUGAAUGAACAACAAUAUGGGAAAGGCCUUAUAGCUAGGGGGAAGCAUUAUGUGGUCUUAGCAGUCGGUAACAAACCUGGGAAGACUGCACUGGAGAAAGAUAUAGCACAGAGGAGGGGAAUGUCGCCAUUGGUGUUUCUAGCAAAGACCAGUUACAGUUCCUUUGAAAAAUGGGCACAGAAACAUAAGACAGAAUUUUCAGGAGUUAAGCAACCAUUGCCAAGAAAUAUAAAGAUAUUGACACUGGAGCCAUGGAGCAAUAACACAAUACUCUUACGACUAGAACAUCUUUUUGAAAAGGGUGAAGAUGACCAGUUGUCCAAAAGUGUUACCAUAGAUCUCCGUAAACUGUUUGUGAAUCUUCCAUUUUCACAUGUCACUGAGACAUUGCUGGGUGGAAAUCAACAGCCAAAAAAUGGCAAAUUACAUUGGAUAACAGAAAAACACUCACAGAAGAAAACUGAACAUACAAGUAGAGAAAGUUCUCCAUAUUUAAUUACUCUUAUGCCGAUGCAAAUAAGAACUUUUAUUGUAAAACUGAAAACUGAGUAAGUGUAAUAAAGUGAAAAACUCUUGUUAAUACCAUUAAUAAAAAUGUGCUGGCAAAUGCAACAGGAUGAA